UCCUGAUCUAUAUCUAAAAUAUGGCUCGUUCCGUCCGAUUGGGUACGUGCAUAUUAAAUCGCACACGGACGAUUUUUAAUCCUCAAAACCAACAAUUUUUAGUCCAUCCGACGCCCAUUUUUCGACUUCCUUCACCAACCACACACCUCCCACCCUCGUUUAGCCUAAGCACAGCCAGUUCAGCCAUGGCAGAGUGCGUUCCGAUCAAGAAGAGGAGAACGGAAAUCCAGGAAACGGGUUCGUUCGCCGAGAACGAUUUCAAGUCGCGGGGUUUGUUCAGCGGGCUCAAUCAGCAGCUCACCGUGGGCGGUCCCGGGCCCGACAGGCUGAGGCGGGUGGCCCAGUUGUUCUCCAAGGCUGCUCAUAAGAGAAUGGCUGAAGAAGCAGCAGGCGAUGGUGAUCUCUUGCAGUACGGUAACACCUGGGGAGAUCCACUCUGCCGUUUGGAACUCGCUAAGUUCCUCACCCAGGGCUACGGCAGUCCUGUUGACGCCCAAGAUCUCAUGCUGAGCGGCGGUGCCACACAGGCUAUGUCAUUCCUCCUGUCAUACUUCUUCAACGCUGGAGACACCGUCUUCGUUGAAGACCCGACGUACUUCAUCAACCUGAACGCAUUCAAGGAUUUCGGCAUCAAAAGUGUGGCGGUUCCCUUAGACAAAGAUGGCAUCAACACGGAAAUUCUGGAGGAAAAAUUCAAGGAAUUGAAAGACAAUGAUACACGGGAGCUGAGCGCGACCCGGCCGUUCCGUGCCAUGUUCUAUGCUAUUACUGUCUUCCACAACCCCACCACCAUAAGCUAUGCACCAGAGCGAUGUCGCCGUGUCAUCGAGCUUGCCAGGAAGUACGACAUCGUAGUCGUCUGUGACGACGUCUACAACGUACUGUCCUGGACACCCACCGAUAACAAUGAGCUUGGACUGGCUGCACCCCGUCUCUUCUCCUACGACAAGAAGGACGACCCCGACUACAAGGGGAACGUCAUCUCCUGCGGGUCCUUCUCCAAGUUUACGGGGCCAGGCCUGCGACUGGGAUGGUUUGAGACGGCCCCUUACAUCAUUGACAUCAUGAGAAAAAGUGCCUACAUGGUGAGCGGAGGCAACUUCAAUACCUUUGCUUCAGGCCUGAUGGGUACUGCACUGGAGAUGGGUCUGAUUCAGGAGCACUUGGCCAACCUACGAAAGACCUACGCGGCCUCAUCUCGAGCAUUAUGGAAAACACUUCAGGCCGAGAUGCCAGAUGGAGUCCACAUUGCAGAACCGAAGGGUGGUUAUUUCAUCUGGGUUGAGCUCCCAGAGGGCGCCAAAGCUGCGGAGGUCCUCAAGAUCGCCAAGGAGGAUCAUAAGGUGGCUUUCCUGCCGGGACAUUUGGCCUCCCCCUGUGGCAAUUAUGCCAACUGUUUGCGAUUGUCCUUCAGUUACUAUGGCGAUGACAACCUGCAGGCUGCUGCUAAGGCCAUCGCCGCGGCAACCAAGAAGUAUCUGGGAAAAUAAAUGACAUUUUAAUGUGAGCACAGCAACACAAAACAAUUCUGAUUUUCUUUUAGUCAUGUUUAAAUUUUGGGAUGGAUAUAGGAAAUUAUUCAGAUGUCCCUUUCUUUUCAAUAAUUGAGUGAUUAUGUCUGAAAUUUGCACAGUGACAGGGUUAUACAUUUUUUUUUGAAUGAUUUUGGUUUUACAUAUAUUAGUGUAUUAUUAGAGUAACUGAUAAAACUUGGGUAUUUUAUGGAACAGUUUUUACAUUACAUGUACGCAAAAAAUAUUGCAAAGAUACAGAGUGAGU